GGAACAUGGGAGCCCGGUGACGUUAGAUAGUUCAUGAUGGGCAUCCCAGGCGCGAUCUGAGAGCGGCGAGCGAGACACAGCCAUACAUAUACAUCUGAGAAUCUAAAAACAUGGGUGGAAAAAAUAAGAAAAGUCGCCAUGGCAACUCCACAUCUGUCCAGGCAGUCGUAGCUUCAGCUAACAAGUCCAGGGUGACUGCAGAUCAGAAAGCUUCAGGAGAGGACACUACCAAGAAACCGGGCUCUAAAUCUGCUAAUGUAGCUGGCGUUAACAAGGAACUGAAGAGCAAACAAGGGCCAAAAACAUAUAGUUUUGGUUCGUCUGCUGAUGCAAGUUCUUCAGCAAAUCACAAUAAGUCUGUUUUAAAGGUAGUGAUUGACGUUAAUCUGGAGAAAAGAAUAAUUUCUCUAAUCAAUGAGCAUAAAAAGCUCAAUUGUGAUAAAGGGACGGUUUCAGGAAGAUUGACUUCUAAGAAGUUACAGGAUCUGUAUGUGGCCUUACAGGAGCUCAGUUUUAAGUCCGAGCAUAUAGAGGAAGCAAUGACAAACACCGUUUUGUAUGGAGGAGAUCUGCAUUCUGCGCUUGAUUGGCUGUGUCUGAACCUACCAGAUGGUAAAUAA